AUGCAGUUUAAGAUCGACUCCGCUGUCAGAUCAUCCACGUCGCUGGAAGGAGAAGCAGAGCCGAAGGCAACCCCCUUUGAGGAUCCACCGCUUCCCGAGAUGCUGGCCAUAACGGCCUGGUGCUGGAUUACGCCGGGCAGAACCCUGAAAUUAUACACCCCUGAUGAUCUGAUGCGCGAACCAGGUAUCGAUCCGACUGUAGCACAGUCGGCGCUCGUUCCUCAAGUACUCACCAAGCCUUUCCCUGGCCUCCGGCCUCCCACCAACAUCAUGUUGCUGCUAUCCUUUCUGUGGCUCUGUUAUGCCAGCGGCUCUGUGGCCUCUCAAUUCGCAGCCCCAUUCGAAGCCUUGACCUUUUUCAAAUCGUAUCUUGCCGAAUGGUAUGGGCACGGAGGGACAGGUACCACAGUGAUUGCUCCUGGGUGUAUCUCGGCGAGAAUCAACGAACCCUGUGAUAUCAACGAGUUUAUUGAUCACGUCUAUGGACCUCAUCCUACCGUGGAUAUCGAAAAGGACACUAUCCAGGACGCUUACCGGGAGCUGGCGACGACUGGGAAUAUGUUGAACGCUCAUUACAAUGCCGGAAACCUGGCGGGUCUCACCGGCAAUCCUACGUACAGGCAGGUCAUAUACAAGGUCAUGAAUGCAGUCCAGGCUGUUCGAGGCAACGGGAUAGACACCAACAUGGUGAACGCGCUUCUGGCAGAUAUCGACAGCGGUCUGCAGGGUAUCCUCUCGGAGCGCAACGCCGACCAAUUCAAUGGCUUCUUCAGGGAUGCGGCGGCCACAUGGAAAGCACAAUUCAACUUCGACAUGACCGCUGUGACCCCAGCGCCGACCAGCAUGUCGGGAAGGUCCUACGACAGGCCCGACUAUGCGGCCGCUAUCCGCAAAUGGAGACCCGGGAUCUCAUCAGGGCAAUUCGACAGCGAGAUGAAGAAACUCAUCGCCAAUCAGAAAGUCUACUUCAAUAAUAAGAAGACGGCGGGAGGGAGGCACAAGGCGCCGAUGGUGGCUAUUUCCACCGCCAAGAACACCUUGGCCGACGCCGCCAAAAUUGGCUGCAGCUUCCCCACCACUUGA